AUGCCCAUUGACGAAUAUUCUCACUUCUUUUCCAAUGGAGAUGUCAAGAUCCAUUACCACCUUUACGGGCAAGGCCCAGCCUUGGUGUUCGUCCACGGCCAUCCAGACAACGAAAUGACCUUUUCCAAGCAAAUCGACGAGUUCUCAAAAGAUCACACUGUCAUUCUUCCUACCCUUCGAGGAUAUCCCCCAAGCGAUGUACCGCUGGACCCAGAUGCCUAUGACGGCAAUGUUAUGGCCGGUGACUUGGUAGCCCUUCUGGAUCACUUGAAGAUUGAAAAGGCCAUCUUUGCUGGAGGAGACGUUGGCGGCAUUACUGUACAAAAGCUCGCUUUCCUUCACCCUGAGAGACUCUUGGGGUUGGUUAUCUUUAACACACCAAUUCUCGGCACCAUGAUGCACCUCAUUCACCACGACAAGGAACAGCAAGAGCUGUCCAAGUAUUCACUUAAAUACAUCAAGCACAACCCCGGCGACGAGUACGACUUGGACCACGUCGUCCACACCAUUACAGAUCCCGAGUAUCGCGCCGAGAUCAAAGAGUAUCUCAAGAACUCUCCAGAGGGCGGCAUGUUCUACUUUUUCCGCAAAAACUUUCCCGCGCCGCCAUAUGGCCAAAACAUCGACACCUCGGGCAUGCACUACAAGAUGCCCUGCGUCGUUAUCUGGGGAAUGCAGGAGCCGUAUUUCUCGGAUAGGAUGUUGGAUGGAUUCUACAAGUGGUUUGAUCAGUCGGUCCGCGUGGUGACGCUGCCUCAAGCUGGACAUUGGCCUUGGAGAGAAGAUGCGACAAAGGUGAACCGGGAGCUGCGGUCGUGGCUGACUGCGUUGGAAAGCGGGCAACUUUAA